AUGUUUUUAGGUUCAUCUGUAAAUGCAAUGCAAAUGUCUUUUUUACUUGGUCAACAAGAGCUAGAAGGUAAACGACCACCAAUGAUGCCCAGUGGUCGAACACUUCCAUCAUUUCGUUCAUAUGAAUAUUCACCACGAUCAGGUGGUUUUGUUGAUGGAAGUUUUUUAAGUGGUAUUAGAUCACAAGAAUAUUUUUUUCAUUCUGUAAAAACUGCACGUAUUGGUUAUUUACAACGUUGUUUAAUGAAACACUUAGAAGGUUUAGUUGUUAAUUAUGAUUUAGCAGUACGUGAUAGUGAUGGUAGUGUUGUACAAUUUCAAUAUAGUGAAGAUGGUUUAGCUGUUGAAAAAUGUACUUAUUUAAAAGAAGCAUAUUAUCCAUUUCUUGUUGCUAAUCAAUCAUUAAUAUUACGGGAUAAUGAAUAUUCACAUAUUGUUAAAAUGUGUGGUUCUACAAAUGAUAAGCCAAAAAUAAAAUAUUUAAAAAAAUUCGUGCAUGGAGAAAAAAACCGUGAAUUAGCUGAUGAUGAUAAUAAUGAUUCAACAAGAUUAAAAAUAAGUGAUGAAACAAAAAUUCGUAUGACACCAUUUAUAAAUUAUUCACAUGAUAAACGUGAACAAUAUAAUCAUGGUGUUGUGAAAUUUUAUUCACCUGUUACACAAGAUGAUUUGCCAGCAUCAAAUUUAGGUGCUAUUACUGAACGUUUAGAUGAUUUAAUAAGAAAUUAUAUGAGUACAAAUGAUAAAUUAGAUCGAACUAAAAUGGAUAAAAAUACAUGUGAAAAAAUGAUUCAUUUUAAAUCACUUAAAUCAUGUAUUGAUCCAGGAGAAAGUGUUGGAAUUUUAGCUGCAUAA